UGAAGUGUUGGACCUCUUAACGAAAGUCAACAAACUCUCAUAAUGAUGUUACUUGGAUCACAUUUCAAUAGUAAACCUCCUGGGACAAUAUCUCAUCAAGUAUACAGCUCCUCUGAACCCCUAAACUCCCAGCCUACAUGGAUAACGCAGGCCUUGUGUGACCUAGCACAAGGUGAGAAAGAACUCCGCCGACUUACAGAGAAACAAACAGCUGAAGUGGAUGAAGUGAACCAGAUCCUCGAUUCUGCAAUUUUUGGUGCCCAGAAAAAAGAGCGCCAUCUGCUGGAGAAGGUGGAGAAAGCCCAUCGGGAAGCUCAACAGAGACUGCAACAGCUCAAAAGAGAAAAUGCAGCAGCAGCUCGAGUCGGACAAUCCUUAGUUGAUCGUCAGCUGCAAAAGAUGAGUCAGCUUAAGGAACAAAUUCUUAUGUGGAGUAGAUCCCCCACAGGUCCCAACAAAAAUCAGUUGCUGAUGGGAGUUAAAGAAUUAAUGCAACCAUGGGAGAUCUCUGUUUCCCUGAAAAGAGUCACUUUCCAGCCCAGUCCUGAGUCAAAUGUUAUUCAGUUUGGGGAGAUUAAUGUCUAUGAGGACAGCUUGACAUUUCCAGUUGGAGUCUGUGGACCAGAAGGGCAAAAAUGUGCUCUCCACACUGGACAGAUGACACUUGACAAUCAUGUGGCUGUAUCAGAACAGCUUUGUGCGCCAUAUAAUAGUGGAGGAAAGAACGAGUCGUUAAAGACAAACAGCGGAAGUAGCCGUGUUGUCAGAAAGAUUCGCUUAUCAACAGCUAAAGAUGAUGUGUCAGGUAAUAAGAUAAAGAUGCCCAGACCAAAAACAUUUAAGGUUUGGCCACGUAAGCAGGAUAACUCAGAAUCCUCUCAGGAUGAGGACUCACGUGAAGAAGACACGUUGUUUCUUGCAUUUAAUACAGUGUCAAGCCAAGGAGAAGUGGGAGCAGGAAGCCCUGUAUCUGAACAAGGUGAAAUCAAAAGCCAUUCGUUUUCCAAAGGCCAAUGGAAACAAAGUGUCCUUGUUCCAGUUUCAAGCCAAGAGCCAUCCUGUCCACCAGAAGAAUGUAGACCUGAGGACUGUGGUCAAUGCUUUGGAUUCCAAAGAGAAAUUUCACCUCCUAUGACAUCUUUUCCAGGACAUACAUCAAGUUAUAGCUGUGUGGACCUCUCUUGCAAAGACCAAACUCAGUAUGGUCAAAGAUUUGGUGGACCAAGACGAUCUCCUUCCCCAGCAGACAGCAUGGACUCCAGUUACACGUACACUGUCAGGUCUGCCAGUAGCCACAGUGGCUCCCUAAAAGGAGAAAACCAAAAUUUUUUCUCCACUUCUGACAUAUCUGCUAGGGGUCGCCAUUUAAAUAAUGGAAAAGACAAAAUUCAGAAGAAGUCCAAUAAGAACAAUUUAUCUAGGCCUCACGAUCAAGGUCUUAAAAGAUCUGAAACACUGGAUUUAAAAGACCAAAAAUUUAAAUACAGCUGUGAGGGGUCCAAACAGGUAUCUCGGUCUUUGUCUAUGUCUGAAAUAGAAGGAAAAGCAAGAGGAACCAAAUCUGAACAUAUUGGAGAUAGGAGUAGAAAAGAUCGAGGAGGCUCAGGCCUGGCAAAGUCUGUGGAAGGUGGACGAACACUAAGAGUCGGACUUCUGGUAAAGAAAUUUGGUAAGCAGGGGUCAGGACGCACCGACUUUACUUUGCCGAGUGGAAUUCACACCACAGCUCAAGGUCAGCUGUUUGUAGUGGACUGUGGAAAUGUUCGUGUGCAGGUAACAGACCUACAGAAGAACAUUGUGCAGCAGGUGACUUUACCAGCAGCUGACUCUACCUCUCGACACUGUCGGAAUUUUUUUGAUGUUGCUGCUAACUCUAAGGGCUUGAUAGCGUUGACAUGUGCUGCAGAACGUGCUGUGCUGGUCUUUAGCCGCCAUGGUCGACUCUUGCAGACCUAUGGCUGUUCUGGUACUCAACAAGACUUUGAGGCUCCAAGAGGUGUCACUGUGACAAGGCAAGAUGAGUUUCUAGUUGCUGAUAUUCGGCGUGGCACUUUGACAACUCUCAAACUUGACCCUAAAACAGGAACCAAGAUAGAGCGCACUGUAGUCACAGGAUUUCACAGGCCCUAUCUGGUGGCAGCAUGUCUCACUACAGGCCUUAUGGCCGUGUCUGAAAGGGGCAACGAAACUGGACGGGCGGCAUGCAUAAGGGUGCUGGAACCUGGUUGGAACACCAUUCGUACCUUGGGUGUAUGUUCUGGCAUGGGACCUGUGCUUACCAGUCCUUGGGGUAUAUGCAUUGAUACAGAUGGAAAUGUUCUUGUGGCAGACUGGGGCAAACAGCAUCGUGUGUUGCUGUACCCUGCAGUUGGUGUGGGUUGGGAUAUUGUUAGUCAAGGCCUUAGCAGCCCCAGAGGACUUGCUUUGCUGCCUGAAGGUCACCUUGUGGUCUCAGAUAGCAUGAACCAUUGCAUUAAGAUUUACCGAUAUAAGUAAUGCUUGUACAGUGAUUUAAUUGCAGUUUAUUGUCUCGAGUUGUACAAACUUGCCGUAUUAACUAAGGUAUUGAAAAAAAUGAUAUAUUUAAAGCUAUAUUUGAA